AGCCGGAGGCGGCGGCGGGGCCGAGGCCACCGGGUGCCACCAGCUCCGACCGCGCUCCGGGACCCCCCGGCACCGGCACCGGCACGGGCGGAGGAUGGAGGCCAGGGAGGAGAAACGGCACCUGCUCGACGAGGCCGCCGGCGGGCGUCUCCCGGGAGCCUCCGGCGCGGUGAAAGCCGAGGGUCAUCCCGGGGCGCCGCUGUCCCCCGACGGCCCCUCUGCCCCGCGCAGCUCCUGCCCGGGGGUGUCGCGGACGCCGGGGCAGGACCGGGCGCCCCAGCCCGCGGCCGUGGAGCUGGGUCCCCGCGGCGGCCGCCACCACUGCCACGCGCCGCCGGCCGCCGGCAGCCACCGCGACGAGCAGCGGGCCCGGGCCAAGCUCUGCGCCGCCGCCGCCAUCUGCCUCGUCUUCAUGGUGGGGGAGGCCGUGGGCGGCUACCUGGCGCGCAGCCUGGCCAUCCUGACGGACGCCGCCCACCUCCUCACGGACUUCGCCGGCGUCCUGAUCAGCCUCUUCGCCCUCUGCGUGUCCGCGCGCCCCGCCACCAAAACCAUGAACUUCGGCUGGCACCGGGCAGAGAUCCUGGGGGCCCUGCUCUCCGUGCUGUCCAUCUGGGUGGUGACGGGCGUCCUGGUCUACCUGGCGGCGCAGCGCCUGCUCUCGGGCGACUACGACCUCGACGGCACAGCCAUGCUGGUCACCUCGGCCUGCGCCGUGGCCGUCAACGUGGUGAUGGGGCUGGCCCUGCACCAGCCCCACGGCCACGGCCACGGCCGCGAGCAGCCCAACGCCAGCGUGCGCGCCGCCUUCGUCCACGUCGUCGGCGACCUGCUGCAGAGCGUCGGCGUCCUCGUCGCCUCCUACGUCGUCUUCUUCAAGCCCGAGUACAAAUUCGUGGAUCCCAUCUGCACCUUCCUCUUCUCCGUGCUGGUGCUGGGGACGACGCUGAGCAUCCUGCGCGACGUGCUGCUCGUGCUGAUGGAGGGCACCCCCCGCGGCAUGGACUUCAACGCCGUGCGGGAGACGCUGCUGGCGGUGGGCGGCGUGCGGGCGCUGCACAGCCUGCACAUCUGGGCGCUGACGGCCUCGCGCCCGCUGCUCUCCGUGCACGUCGCCAUCAACGAGGACGCCAGCGCCCGGGAGGUGCUGGAGGAGGCCGGCCGCCGGCUGCGGGGCGCCUUCGGCUUCCACGCCACCACCAUCCAGGUGGAGCGUUACUGCGAGGACAUGCGGGACUGCCGCGAGUGCCAGAGCCCCGGCGACUGAGCGGCCCCCGUGCCGGCGGUGGAGCAACGUCACCCUGCCUUUCCCCCCCGCCCCGAGUAUCAUUUAACCCUGGGGAAAUAAAUCAGAGCAAGUCACUCCGCGGCGGGCCGGGGCGACGCUG